AUGAGAAAUCCAAAAUCAAGAAGAGUAAGAAUCAGAAGCGACUCGCCAAAGAAGAAAAAGCAGAAGAUUGAAAUUUCUUCAUCAGAUUCAAGCGAGAAUUUAUUUCAAUUGAAGAAUUUCACCGCUGUUUUUGAGGCUUCUUUUCAGUCGCUUUCGUUGGAUUGCACGAUUUGCGGCUACUCCAUGGACAGUACUUGCGGACUGCAUCUGAAAAACCCGGAAGCAGAAAAUAAAAAAUGCGAAAUCUGCAUCGGAAAAUGCAACCAUGGCUACCACUUCUGCUGUUUGGCUAAAUAUCUUGCCUAUGCUGGUGAAAAAACACUUGAUGAGUGUCUCCAAUGCGAGUCAAAAUGGGAAUUCAAAGAAAAACUGCCAAUUUGA